GCAACGUUGCGUUCUCAAGGGACCCAGAUGAAGAUUUCUGUUCAUGGUGUAGUUAAGGAGCCGGACAUUAUCUUAAUGUCCGACGCCACAAAAAAAGACAGUGAGGCACUUAUUGUCCAGGCGGAGGUGCAGUUUGAUUACAAGCUGGAAGACGCGAAACAGAUGGUUUCUGCAAAUCUCACAAAUCUCCACAUGCAAGCCUCACAGUUUCCUGAUGUAAAGAAGACAUCUUACAAGGUUUUGAAUCCUUGUUCGCUGACUUUCGAGUACUUAACGCCCGCUUCUAGCGAAGGUGGUCAGGACAUUACUAUUUCAUUGGAAGAGAUGGUGUUCGAAUUCUCUCCUGGGCUGCUUACCACUCUCAGCAAUGUUGUUGCAGCUUUAACAGGGCAACAAAAGGUUUGUUUGUCCCUUACUGACACCUUAAAGUCUUAACAUUACAUU